UAGCCGUUAGAUUAAUCUCUGGUUCUUAUCCUUGUGAGGUUGGUUGGUUGUUCAAUGGCGCAGCUACAUUGCUUUGCUUUUUCUUUUCUUGAAACGCUAAUACAUGGCGCUCUUAAAGCCACCAACACCACAUUUCACUUUCUUUCACAAUCAAGAUUCUCGGAUUGAUACAUCGGAUUCUAACUUAACACUUUCCUUUGAUACAUUCAGAAGAAGAAGACGAAGAGAUGUUUUACUCUCAAUUUCAGGGACACUAAUCCCUCAGCUGCUCUUCUUCGAUAGCAGCCGCUACUCUUCUGCGAAUGCCGCUGAUUUUUUCAACUUCGGUGCUCCUCCACCCGAGCCUGAACGAACCGUCGAACUUGCUCAGGAAGGAUUAAGAAAAAAUGCAGAAUAUAUAAAAAGAAUUAAAGAGAUGAUGAUAGAAAAAAAGUUGUGGAAAGAAGGAGGGAAAGAGCUGAGGAGAAGUGCAUCAAACAUGAAGCAAGACUUUUACUUAAUCAUCCAAGCAAAGCCACCUAAGGAUAGACCUCUUUUUAGGUCUCUUUAUUCCACUCUCUUCAAUUCAAUCACAAAGAUGGAUUAUGCAGCAAGAGAUGAAGAUGAAACUAAAGUAUUGGAGUACUACAAGAAUGUUGUUGCAAUCCUUGAUGAUAUCUUCCUUCGGAUUUAACUUCGAACAAUAGUGUUUAAUUUAGGCUAUCGAUUCACAUUUUUUUGUCAUGUUCUUUCUUGUCAAUCCAAAGGAAAACACUAGUUGAAAUACACAAAGUGACAAGUGAAAAAGUUGGCAAGUGUUUUUUUUUU